UGUACAUGCUCUGCUGCGCAGGACAGGAAGAAUACUAGUUGGUGUAGCCGCGUUUUUAAAUCGAUCAACUGAAAAGUAUGGCUUUUUCACAGAUCACCUUUGAAGUUAUUCUGAUCAUCGUUCUUAUUGGAGACAACUCUGUUGAAGGUGUAGCAACUGCAGCUAUUGAGUGUAUGACUGGUGUUUAUUCUGGACAAAGUACACAAUUGGAAUGCAAAUUAACAGGCAAAAUAGAGAGCGGAAUGACGUGGACACGACCAAAUAAUGGCUCGGCAGAACAGAUAGCACUGUGCAAUGGUGAUAAUAAUCGAUGUCUACCAGCUAAACGUGGGUAUAUGUUUGCUCCUAACUCGUCUACACAGACUAUGACACCACUAUGACUAUACAAUCAUUCACUCCUGACAUAGAUGCUGGGGAAUGGAUGUGUCGUUAUGGAAUAACAGGUUUCGGCGAGUCCAGAUGCAACAAGACUACCUUUUUUCAUCUAACCAACGUUACCAUGACAACCAGACCACCCUCGAUUGAGGCAGGUGUCUCCACUGAGCUACAGUGUAAGACUAACCCAACCUACCCAGUGGCUAUCAUCGCCUGGACUCUAAACAACAAAACAAUAUCAACAGGAAUUAACAGCUCGACUGUGACUGUACCUGGCAGUGGGGUUACCACUACAAGUAAUUUAACCAGAAGCUAUACCACUGAAGAAGAUGGACAGGAGUUAAUGUGUUCAGCCACCAAUGGAGAGGCGACUGUGGGAUCUUCAGCAUUGAAACUUAGCAUCACUGAUGAUCCAGAACGUAUAUCUGCCUUGAGUGCAGGUGCUAUAUCGGGAAUUGUGAUCGCUAUUGUUCUGGCUCUUGCUAUUCCUACUGCGUGGAUACUUUAUAAGAGUAAUUAG